GACAAGUAAGGUUGAGCCAACUGUGAAGUUGCAGUUACGUUUGCAUCUGCCGUGGCGCUUCUCAUCAUCCCCAAUGUCUACCCCCAAAACGCGAGACCACUACCAUUUUCUUCUAAUCUCUACGCCCUAAACCUCCUCUCCUUUUCUCUUCCCCUCUGCCAUUUCACUUCCCAAACACUACUCUGUAAUCUUCAAACACUUCUUUAUCCGCAUGGCUGCUUCCACCUAAAACACUUCAUCAUCGCUUAACCUCUACUGUUUGUAGGUAUUGCUGGAGCUUUUAUCGUUUUUUAUUUUCAAUACAAGAAACCUAAUGGUCCAAAACAUGUCGCAGGAUCAGCCUUCUCUGGUCUUAGAUGAAAAUGUGGUUGAUUCUUCAAGGGCUGCUAUUGCUGUUGGGUCUUUAAGGGUUGAUGCUCCACCCAAUGCUUCUCCCUCUCAAACACAGUCAGCCUGUCAUGGAGGUAAUGGUAAUAUAGUUGGCACAUGGGGUACAUGCCUUCCAGAUGUUAAUGCUGAAGGCUUGGAUAGUUCUUAUGGAAUCUACAAUGAUCCUUCAUCACUUCCAUUUCAUGGCAAUGGGUACACUCCUCAAAUGCCACAAAGGCCAUUUGCCUCAUUUGCAACACCUCCCCCUUCUGUAAAUUGUCAUGGCCAGCUUUACAAUGUCCAAGAUUUACCAAACUCAGAUCCAUCUUUUUACCAACAUUUCAUGACUCCAAAUGUUCCUAGCAUUGUUUCACAAACGUCACUUUCUUCUGCUAAGUGGCCAGAUAGCAUUAAUUCCCAAGGAGAUGGCAACAGAUUUGGGCACCAACCAGGUUAUCUGCCUGCAAUGGGAACUUUUGGGAGAGGAAGCAAUUAUCCAGGAGAUACUGGAGGAUUUAAUCUUUUGGAGCAAGGCUAUGCUGGGUUUGAAAGCAAUGGAUUGUGGUCGGAUUGGCCAAAACCUGGGAAUGGGAAAGGUUCUAUGUUGCAUUUGUCAUCAGCAACAACUGGUCCAAAACCAGUUGGUUCACUAGGUUUUUCUGCAAAUCAUUUUGGAAUGGCGUCUCAACAAAAAGAAUCAUUUUAUGGGUUUGGAACUCGUGCCAGCAAUAAAAGCUAUCCUCAAGGACAAACGAAUCGAAACUCUGGCUAUGAUGUUUCCUCUUCCAUGUUUGGAAUAAAUGGUCAGAGCUGGCCCACGCUUCAUGAAGCAAGACAAGCAGGAAGGUGCAAUGACUUCUCAUGUAGUUGUAAUUUUGCACUUGAUACAUUGGGUGAGAGAAAUAGAGGACCUAGGGCAUUUAAGCCAAGAAGUCAGACAUCAGCAAAUGGAUCUGUAAUUGACAGUCGCAGGACUGCAGUUUCUGAUGUUUAUAAUGAGUCUUACAACCGCCUUGAUUUUGUCACCGAUUACAAGGAUGCAAAGUUCUUCGUUAUCAAAUCUUACAGUGAAGAUAAUGUUCAUAAGAGCAUAAAGUAUGGUGUCUGGGCAAGUACCCCAAAUGGCAACAAAAAAUUAGAUGCUGCUUAUCAUGAGGCAAAGGAGAAAACUGGGACAUCUCCAAUCUUUCUGUUGUUUUCGGUGAAUGCUAGUGCUCAGUUUUGUGGAGUGGCUGAGAUGGUUGGGGCUGUGGACUUUGACAAGAGUGUGGAUUACUGGCAGCAGGAUAAGUGGUCUGGACAGUUUCCUGUCAAGUGGCACAUUAUUAAAGAUGUCCCUAACAGUCAGUUUCGUCAUAUUGUGCUUGAAAAUAAUGACAACAAACCAGUCACCAACAGUAGAGAUACUCAAGAGGUGGAACUUGAACAUGGUGUUGAAAUGUUAAAAAUAUUUAAGAACUAUGAAAGUCAUUCAUCCAUCCUAGAUGAUUUUCAUUUUUAUGAAGAGCGGCAGAAAGCGAUGCAGGCAAGGAAGUCGAGACAACAACAGCAAUCAAGUCUGGUGCCUACUUCAGUGAUUGGAGAUGGUGAACAAAGUCCUGUUUCAAUUUCUAAUGAUUUCAUAAAGAAAAUGUCUAAGAGCUUUGCUGAAGCUCUGUCUGUUAAUGAGACAGUAACAGAGCUGUCUAUUUCACAUCUGCCUCAGGGGGCCAUGGGAUUUGAAAAUGAAAAAAGAAGCUGACACAAACAGCACACCUAGCUAAUUGCAUAGGUAGAAAAUUUCUUUGAAGGUGUCUUGAACAGGAAAAGUUUGAACUCGAUGAUACCUCUCAUUCUCUGUUUUUGUUUCCAUUUAUUUGAUUUGAUUUUAUUUGUAUUUGAAUUUACAUGGAGAUUAUCUGGAUUGUUUGAUAAGAUUGAUGAGGUUGGCAUAUCACAUAUAAUAUAUCUUUUGUUUUA